UAAUUGCGAUCUUGGGGUGGACUGUGAAAAUAUGUAGAUGCUAAGCAUCUAAAUCGACUGUACGCCCAUUAACUUACCAAACUAAUAAUCACCAGCUCGUAUAUUAAUCGGUUAUUGGUGAUUCUGAUUGGUGAUUAUAAUGACAUUAUCAGACAUGCCGCCUGGCUUCAAUGACUUGGCCGAUCACCACGGAAUGUUGCAUUAAUAAUUCAUAAGUAGAUAUUUAAAUGACUUUAAAUCAACGUGUUGCAUAAUGCAAUUGUGGGAACCGGAUGGUGUUCUGAGCAUAGAACUUUACAGCAGAAAAUCAGUCGUUCAUCAGCCAGCUAAGCACAAGGUAGCGAAACGUAUAGAAUUUUCCAAAAUGCUUUACAAAUCUCUAGUGCUCAGCUUGGCGGUUAUUUUAUGUAUUCCGGCACAUUCCGAUGCCAAGGAAUAUCAGUUCAUCCCCGCUCGAUGCGAGGAGCAGCUUGAAGUCGGUCAGCAGAUUGGCGGUCCCUUAAGCAUAUGCAGCUUUCCACCAAACUAUGCAAAGCCAGAUUCAGAGGACAUUCAGGCUGUCAUCAAACACAUUAAGAGCUUGCAAUUCAAUUGAGUUACACGAAAAUGCGAAUAAUUGAAACGUUUAGAGAACUACACACUUUAUAUGCAUCAAGUCGCGCUCGGGUUAAUUAAAUCAAUAAAAUUAGCUAUAACUUUGUAUCUUAA